AGGAUUUAAAACAUGUCAUUUGCAUACAAAGCGAAUACUCGGAUAUAAAUGAACUGUAUUGGCGUACGAGAAUCUUCCGAAGUAAUAGCAAUCUUUUAAAACUUGUGUAUGGGAAGUCUGAUAGAUUAUGGAAGAUAUCACAUGAACUGUUGGGAUUACUUCAUUUUAUUUUGGGACACGUAGACUGCGUCAAAAUUGCCUGGGCGAAACACACACAUCGGAAACAAUGUCGGCUGAGUCUAUUCCAAAGGACACUAAGGACGAAUCGUUCUACGAGUGUAACAUAUGUCUGGAGACCGCACAGAAUGCCGUGGUCAGCAUGUGUGGCCACUUGUAUUGCUGGCCAUGUCUGCAUCGGUGGCUAUUGACGCAACCCAACCGCAAGGUGUGUCCCGUUUGCAAGUCGGCCGUGGAUAGAAACAAAGUAAUACCGCUCUACGGACGAAACGAUACGAGGCAGGAGGAUCCGCGGGACAAAACUCCGCCGCGUCCAACUGGCAAUCGCUCGGAGCCCGAAGCGGAGGUGGGAUUUGGUCGUGGCUUUCACAUGUCCUUCGGUCUUGGUUUUCCCUUUGGCUUUCUUGCAUCUUCCCUGAAUUUGGGCGAGCCACGCCAUGCUGCUCCUAAUCGCGGCACACGGGUUUUGCAGCAUGAACAACUCCUUUCCAAGUUCUUUCUCUACUUGGCCUUUAUACUCAUCUUUUGGAUGCUUUUCGCUUAGUCAGUUGGGAACGAGAUCAAGAUCAACCAUGAGUAAAUUCGGGAAGAUGUCGGUGCUUUUUAAAUUAUGUUUGGUGAAGUUUUCGGAAGAUUAACACCAUCAUUGGAUGCAGUGGUUGUCCCACAAUGUGAAACAAAAACUGCUAGUAAAAUGAAGCUAUUUGAAAGUAAAUAUUUAAGUGCCCUGAGAAUUAAAGUGCAUUUCAUGUUGCUGACACGACUGGUUUAGUUGUAUUUACAUAAAACCAAAAGGUUGCAUGUCGUAAAAGUAGAACUGGAUGUGAGUGUACAUAAAUUGUGGAAAAUAAAUUAACUUUCCUCGAUUUGAAAAACGAGAUAUUAAAGUAGAAUGCUUCCGGUAUUGCUGAAGUGCACUGCAACUUUCUCCAAACCUAUGAUUAAUGU